UAAAAGUAGGAGGUGCGUGCAUUUUGGCCUUUGAUUGUGAGAAUGAGCAGAAAGAUAGAGAGAAAUAAGGAUGGUGCAAAUGCAAUGAGAGAAGAGAGGAAAGGAAAAUACGCUACUUACUUAACAAACAGACAGAGAAACAAGGAAGAAAGAAGCAUUCCAUGACCGUGAGGGUACCUUGCCUCUAGGGAACAGGCUCUUUGCCUUCUCCGAAAGGCCAGGGUCUUCGUCACUGUCAGAGUAAGGGGAACAAGUCCUCUGCAUCAAUGGUAACUUGUUCCACACUGAGUCUUCACCUUCUUCUACCUUUAAUCAAAUAGCAUGACCUUUAACAAUCGCGAUUCUCAAUUUCUGCAUCUCUCCCCCUUCCUUUUCUUUAGGGUUUCUUUCCCAUCUUCAGGUGUUGUUGGUAUAGUAAGCCAUGCCGACAUAUACAGCAAUAGCUAUGGAUAGAUUAAUAGAAUCCGGGGGCUCGAAAUCCAUGACAACUUCCAAGAUAGAAGCAAGUUUUGAUAGAAGCAAGAAUGGUUCUAGUUCAAAACUAGAAAGGAAAAUCAUCCAGACUAAUGUAAAGAUGGAUGAUAGCAAUGGUAAGCCCUCGAUAAUAGGAGAUAGAAAAGAUCACUGGACUCAAAUAUCUCCUGCACUAUACACAAUUCCCAAGCCAACACCCCUUCCAGAUUCUCCUUCGUCAUUUCCUCCGUCGCCCUACAUAAUUAAUCACAAGCGCCGAGGUCCACGCCUUUCUCAAAGUUUCACCGAAGAUGAUUUUGGCACUCAACAAGAAGCUCUUGAUGGAGAGAAGAUGGAUGAGAAAUUAAGAGAGACGAAGAAAGACCUCUCCAGUAAAUCUCUUGAUGACCCUUCCAUUUCCAGGGAGGCAGUUAAUUGUGUGGAAGAGGAUAAUUUGCUAUUCGCUACUGAUAACCUUGUUAAGGAUGGUGAAGUGACUGACCUCUGUGAUGGAGAGCUUCUUCACCGAGAUAUGCAUAAUGGUUUAUCUGGGCAAAAUGGUACAAUGAAGUCUGUGGCAUUCAAUUUGCGGAGAGGGGGUGAAGCUGAUGAUUUCUUUGACCCACAGGAAUCUCUGAGUGUCAGAAGUUUUGGUGAGAGUGAGAGUAAUGGUGGAUUCCAGCGCUGUUUAAGUUCCAUGACCCCAAUGGGAGAAUUUUAUGAUGCUUGGGAAGAACUAUCUUCAGAGAAUGGGCCACAGUUACCUACAAAUGAUUUUGAAAAUGAGCUACGAGAAAUAAGAUUGAGCUUAUUAACGGAAAUUGAAAAGCGAAAGCAAGUAGAAGAAGUUCUAAGUAAUAUGCAAACUCAGUGGCAGACGAUUCGUGAACGAUUAUCUCUCGUGGGAUUGAACUUCCCUUCUAAUCCUGUUGCUGGAGUGGAAUUGGACAAUGAACAGCCAGAUGAUCAGGUGGAAGAUUUGUGUCAACAAGUCCACAUCCUUCGGGUCGUAUCAGAGUCCAUUGGUAAGGGAAUAGCAAAGGCUGAGAUGGAGACAGAAAUUGAGACUCAAAUUGAGUCAAAGAACUUUGAGAUAGCUCGACUAUGGGACAGGUUGAAUUAUUAUGAAGCUGUGAAUCGAGAGAUGUCACAGAGGAACCAGGAAGCUAUAGAGACAGCACGUCGUCUUAGGCAAAUAAGGAAGAGAAGGCAGAAGAAAUUGAUAUGGGGUUCAAUUGCUGCUACAAUUACUAUAGGCUCUGCUGUCUUAGCCUGGUCUUACUUUUUUACUGGAAGAGAAUCAUCUUCUUUGGAUCAAUCUCAUAGUCGUGAGGGAGACUCUGCAUCAGAACUAUGAGUUCUCAAUUAAUAGGUUAAAGUGUGCUUAUUUAUUAUACAGGCAAAUAAGGAAGCCGGAGAUCAAUCUUACUACUUGUCUUGUGAAUAUCAUCAUAUAUUUUUUUGUCCUUUUUGAUACAUAAAGCAUAUUUUUGCUACUACACAUGUACAGAUCCUCAAAAAUAAAUAAAGUUUUUACUCUGUGGUUGUUAGCACCACUAGGAAGUGGUUCAUAUAA